AUGUCCGGACAUGUGAAGCUCAGCACACGUACUAAUCCUCCUGUGUGCUUCUGCAAGCGCCCGUGCCACUGGUGGAAGGAAUUCGGUCCGCCUGCCUACGGCGAGAUAGCUAACUUCGAGUUCCCAUGGCCUACAGGCCGCAUGAAUUACGACCCCAAAGUACACGAUCGGUUCGUAUGCGAAGAUUGA